UUAACACACCCUUUUAAUGUUAUGUUUGUUAUCGUAAAAUUUUACUCGCUGCGAAUCUGCUGUAAACUGCAGGAUGAACAAUUUUAAAGGCAAGACUAUUGCUGUUAUCGGGAGUGGCCUCAUCGGUCGAAGCUGGACCAUGGUGUUUAUCAGUGCAGGAUACAGAGUUAAGAUUUAUGAUGUACAGACUGGUCAAGCCACACGUGCCGUUGAAGAAAUAAGCAAGCAGCUGAAGGAGCUGGAAGAGGCUGGAAUGCUGAGAGGAUCCUUGAGUGCUCAAGAGCAGACAUCACUCAUCAGCUCCCAGGAGGACCUCGGACAGACACUAGAGGGAGCUUUCUUCAUUCAGGAGUGUGUUUUUGAAGACCUGACUGCCAAGCAAGGUAUUUUCCACAAUUUGGAGAGUCACGUUGGUGAAGAUGUCAUCCUCAGCAGCUCAACCUCCUGUCUCCUACCCACAGAUGUGUUCUUACAAGUGACACACAAAAAGCGUUGCAUUGUGUCACACCCUGUGAACCCCCCCUAUUAUGUGAAGCUAGUUGAGCUGGUGCCUCAUCCAGAGACUGAUGCCGCAGUGAUGGAGGGGACCUACUCACUGAUGAAGGAGGUCGGGCAGUCCCCAGUGAGAUUAAGACGGGAGAUUGACGGCUUUGCCCUCAAUCGCAUACAGUAUGCAAUCAUUGCUGAGGCCUGGAGGCUUGUCAAGGAUGGAGUGCUGUCAGUUGCGGAUGUUGAUCUUGUGAUGUCAGAAGGACUGGGAAUGCGGUAUGCCUUCAUUGGACCCAUGGAGACCAUUCAUCUCAAUGCAGAAGGUCUUGAGCAGUACAUGCAACGCUAUGGGGAAGGAAUGAAAAGAGUCUUAUCAUCUUUUGGGCCUGUACCAGAGUUCUCAGAAGAAAAUGUGAAGAAGAUUAAUCAGGAAAUGUGUGGUCUGAUCCCCAAUGAACCCCAACAUCUGGCUGCUAGAAGAGAACGGAGGGAUCGCUUCAUCCUUGGCCUGGCACAGCUAAAGAAUUACCAGGAAUCCAAGUAAAGCAAAGAAAAUCUGUUUGACAACUUUAGCAGUCCAGACAUGUGCCUGCCCUGUCAGAAGGACCAGACCUGCAACACCGCUUAACUUGUGAUAUUCCUUUAAGUGUUUUGCUGUGCAGCUGGCAUUCAACUCAUAACAAAAUAAAAAGGCUACUUGUUUUUA